CAUAACAUAAAGGGAGGGCUAAGAAGGUCUCCUACUCUUCCCACUGAUGAAACUAAGGCUAAGGUACUACCAGAAGUUCCUCUAACUCAUAUAAUAUUUUAAAACAAUUUGCUCGUUUACUUGGCUUGGAAUUCAGUUUGAGUCUCACAUGGACGGAAGUUCUUCGUCUUCGCAAUCUUUGUCAGAAUCUGAUUCUCCUCCUCUGAAGAACUUUCAGACUCAGGGUCCAAUCUCGCCAGUUCAUGUUAAACCCCCAAGGAACACAGAGGAAGCAGAAAAUGCACUGUCGGGGGGGGAGGACCAGGUGACGAUGAUCACCGAGAGCAUGUCGGUGACCUCGGCGGACGAAGAGAAGCUGCUGCUACUGAACAGGAACACGGAGCUGCGGAGAAUCAACAAGGAGCUGAUGAAGCUGAAUGAGGACUGGGACCACAUGUACCGAGGUACCACUACGGCGCUGCAGCAACGCAUCAGUGACCUGGAGCAGGAAUGCGUGGCAAUCAAGCACCUCAACAGCAGGCUGCUGCUGAAAGUGGAGCAUGAGCAGAGCAAGAGGGAGUACUGUGAGCGGACGCUGCUGCAGGAGCUGAAGAAGAACCAGCAUCUUCAGGAGUACAUCCGGCUCCUGGAGAGUCGCCUGCAUCACAGCGACGUGUGCAGGGACUGGACACGGGUGGCACUAAAUGGCCUGGAUGUGGCCCAGCCCCCAGACACAGAGUGCCCCCCCGAGCCCUCCCAAAGGCUGUACCAAGAGUCAGGCCGCAGUUCCCCAUUCUUGCCAGGCACCUCCCCUGUCGCAAACACAAGGGCACCGGCGGGUAAGAGUGCCCUCUGGAGGGAGGCGGACAGGGAGACAGCCACUCAGAAGGAGAUGCAGAACCUGAAAGAACAGCUGGAGGCCCUUCGCUGCCAGACGCAAAUCUACGAGGCCGACUACAAGACGGAGCACAAGGACCGCAAGCGCAUGCUGCUGGAGAACAAGAAGCUGCGCAGGAAGGAGGCGGAGAUGCGCCAGCAGAUGGCACUGCUGCACGAGCAGCUGAAGGUGUAUGAAGAUGACUUCCGGAAGGAGCGCUCUGACAAACAGGUGCUGCAGCGCCUCUUAAUGAAGAGAUCUGUGCCCCAAGACCCCAUCCUCGUCCACCGCUGCAACAGUGAUCACAAGCCACCAGCACCAUUAGACAGGGAGCGGCCUAGAGAGAAGGACAGGAAGGGGCCAGGCCACUGCGGCAAACACUGCGAGCGUCAUGGGCACAAUGCCGAAUGCCUGCGCAAUGCAGGCCUCCAGCGCCAUGUAGAAGUGCAAGGAUCCCCCUUCUCUGAAGACUACAACUGACCUCAGUGCCUCAUAAAUCCAAACAAAUGGAUAUAAAGAGAAUGAAUCAAGCUUAAUCCUCCGUCUCUUCCAUCUUUGAAGGGUAGCUACAGCACUUCCCUGUAUCGGGAUUUAUAACUCUGCUAUUUAAAAGUUACAGGCUAUUGCCCAGUUUCAAAAUAGGACUAUCCAUCCAUCCAUCCAUCCAUCCAUAUUCUUAAAGAAUUCCCGUCACGAAAGCAUAUAUUUUAGUCUUAACCACCACAGCAUGAAUAUCAAUAGAUUGAACACCUAUACAGCUUAUUAUCUGUCUGUGAGUCAUUCCAUCACAAAAGGUCACUGACCCAGUUGUUGAGGCCUCUUUCAGUCAUGAUUCUGGUGCUGUCAGAGAGCAGGGUGGAAAAUUAGGGACUGAGUACCUUUGUCAUCGAAAGCCUGGCAGGAUGACUGUAGGCAUCUCUCUCACAGUGUCAGAUUCCACUGGAAAAUUACCAUAGUGAAUAUAAACCAUUCUCGUAACAUUUGGAUAGUGCUGCAUUUCUAAUAUUAUUCAUAUAAUAACUCAAGAAAAAUACAAACAAUUGCCUUGCUGUGAAGGAGCCUGACUGCACCCACUGUUAGUGUGGCUUCUGCACUGACAUGAGUAAGAUCUAUUUUGUUUUUGUCUUCGAUCAAAUAACGUCUGACUAUUUUAGUCUGUAAGUGCUGAGUAACUUCUCAGUUUCCUUUAUGUUUGUAGCUUGUACAACAGAACAUUGAUUGGUAUUUUGUGACUCAUCACUUUUUAAAGGUUCUUGUGUAUUAUAAUUCUUUGUAUUUAUGCUAAUUCACUUACCGUUUUAAAUUCCUAUGAAUAUUGCCCAACCUCUUCCCAAUAAAUAUUUAUACUAAUUUCCAGUUAGAGUUGGUGUUAAAAUGAAUCAAAAUUACAAAAUUAAGUCUCGAUUAUCCGGCUGUGUUUUACAUCAGCCUUUAAUGACCAAGAGCAGACAACAAGGAAACAUUCCCCUAGUACAGGAGACCAUGUGACACUGUGACUGCAAGGCAGACCAUGUGACACUGUGACUGCAAGGCAGACCAUGUGACACUGUGACUGCAAGGCCCCACAGGUGAUGUAACAGAAUUCUGUGAAAUUUAAGAAUCAUGUAUUUGUGUUUGUAUAUACGUGUGUGUCUCUGUGUGUGUUAAAGAGAUACCUGUAAUUUUUCUAUUUACAUAAUAAAUCAUUCCAUUGCACUUCAGUUUAUCUGUUCCAUCCAGCUGAACCACAGUCCAUUGGAAUAUCCUGUUAAAUCAGCAUCAAAUUAUUUUAAAUACCAUUGAAAACCUUUUUUUCUUGUUUGAAAGUAGAAGAGGUCAAACAAUUCUGUGGUCAAAUUAACAAAAUUUGCAAUGUACUUUCCUACUUUUGUGUUUGUGUUUCCUACUGAGUUUAAUUAAUACAAAUGGCUCUGCCAGUGCAAUAUUAUACUAUGUGAUGAAGCAUACACUUUGCUGAAUGGCAAAUAAUAGAGUAUAAGCAUUUUAUAAUUUUCUGUUUUAUGUUCAGUAUAAGCUGAACCCAAGACUUGUUCUCUUUCAGGAUUUCAUGUGCUGGGAUUUUAAUUUUUAAAACAUGAGACAUCAAACUGGCCUUGCUUUCAAUAGUGCUUUAGGAUUGGCUUUUCUGUCAUGGCUUAACAGAAUGACAGGUGCCUGAUCUUAAAAUGUAUUCCAGGAGACUCUAAUUUAAAACACGGACACAGUCUCGAGUAGCCAGUAAGAUGGUUAUCUACAGUAUUUUGAUAAAUGACAGUAUUGGAAAAACCAUUUUCAAAAACUAUUCAGACGAAAUGAUGUUCUGACUGAGCUAAAGAAAUAUAAAUAUAGUGAUUUUAUUAAUUUCAAUUAAAUGUACAGUACUUACUGAAAGUUGCAUAUUACGUUUAAUAAAUAUAUUUGUUUGCGGAUAUUUACAUAGUCCGUUUUUUUUUCCUCACAGUAUCCAGAUCUUUUAAAUCCUUGAUUCGUUAUAACAAAUGUAUCUGUUAAGCCAGAAAUGGUAAGAUAGUUAUGUGUAAGCUAACUGUCAGUUUCAUGUCACUAGCAGGCGAAUUUUUAAAAUGUCACAUGGUUGUUUGGUAUGGAGUCAGAAGACUGGCAGCAGAUCAUGUGAGUGUGAAUUAGAGCAUACCAUCUGCCGUUUCCUGACAGAUACCACGUGUCUGUCAUUGUAAUGAGCCAAGUAGAGAAGAAUACAAAUCAACUGAAAACAAUAAUAAAAAAUAAAUAAAUCUUCUCAGGCUUUGGCCAUUAGUGGUGAUUGCACUAGAGCCAAUGGGACACAAGCUGGUCCUUUAGGGGCAAGAAAGGUCGUUAAAUGAGAGAAAGGGCCUAUAAUAUUUUAUAUAUAUAUAUUCUUGGUCUGUUUAUUUUUGACCAGGGAUACUUGAGGGAGUUUUUGACUGAAAUGGGGAUUGUUUGGUUUUUCUGGGUUUUCAUACACGAUGAUUGAAAAAUGGAAGCAGCUGUCAAUCAGUACUUUGGCAUUUUUGGUCAAAAUUUCCACUGUUCUGAAAACAGUUUGCUCUGUGUUUUCUCCAUGCAUCUAUUGGUCUGUGUAGUAGACUGAUGGGAAAAUAAAAUUUUGAAGUUUAA